AUGUAGUCUAAAGGGAGUAUUGGAACUAACAACAAGAGAUAUUUCAAUAUCAUAUCUCUUAUUCUAAUUUUUUCUACUCACAUUCAAUCCACAAUUGAUUGUUGAUUUUUAUAUUACCAUAUUGAUAUUAAAAAAUGGAAACUUUUUUAAUAUUUAAAUUAUUAGUGCAGUUUUUAUCUUCUUUUUCUUUCAUUGGUUUAAUCUUUUUUAUUAUGAAAAAGAUGUGUAAACUGAUUGAUAAGAAAAAAMUCGUUGCUAAAAAACAGAAAAAUGCUAUUUCGGACAACAAUGCACAAAAAGAGAAAGAAAGAGAAGUCAUGAUGCAAUUACCAAGAAAGGAGAUAUUAGAUUAUUAUCUUAUAGACGAACUUUAUGAAUUCAUUUCAAAAUACGGUGAAUUUACGCUAAAUGAUUUUGAUCUAUAUAGCCAAUACGUAUCAUCGAAAUUGAAAUACUUAAAAAUCGAGCCAAAUGAGGAAAUAUUAAAGAAUGAAAUAAGAAAAAUAAUCGUACAGAUUGCAAGCCAGGAUACGAAUCUGUUAUCAAGUAAUACAUCUAAAAAAGCACAAAUUCCAAAGCCUCUUGUCGAGUCAGAAAUGGGUUGUACCAAUAAAAAUGUUAAUUAAAAUAAAAAUAUACAGUAUAAUAUCCAGAUAAAUGUAAUUGCGAAUAAAAAAGUAAGCUUAUAAAUGGA